CUAAGCAAGUGACAGCAUAGAGAAAACUUUGUUAGCUACCUGCUAACUUUGCUCCAUGGUUUGUUGUUGGCGAUGUUGCCAGCUUGAAGCAGUUUACCAGAAACCAUCGAAAGGAUGGAGUGCCAUGGAGAGGAUAAUGAAGGAGAGCUGUGCCAGUUGACCAGUUCAAUGCUGUUAACCAGCAAAAAUGACAUCAAAGCACGAGUGCAACAGUUUUUGGAGGAGAGGAUGCAGACCACCAUGCUCACAGGUGUAGUGAUUGGAGCCGCAGUCGCAGUCUCACUGAUUGGGAUUGUGGUGCUCUUCCUUUACAAGAGAUAUAAACUUGCCCGUGAUCAACAGCCUGGGGUACCUCAUUAUCGCUUCAGAAAGAGAGAUAAAGUGCUCUUCUAUGGAAGGAAAAUAAUGCGAAAGGUCCAGACAUUGUCCUCGAUUCCUCCUCCCACCUCUUCCUCUGUAUCAAAGCAGCCGCAGCAGCGCAUACGCAAAAGAACCAAAGUUCUGAGCAUAGCACGCAAAAUCCUUAGGAUCCGUAAAGACCCUCCCACCCUGCAACCCAAGGAACCCCCUCCCUCCCUGCUAGAGGCCGACCUGACAGAGUUUGAUGUGCAGAGCUCAAAUCUGCCCUCAGAGGUCCUCUAUAUGCUGAAGAAUGUCAGGGUCUUAGGUCACUUUGAGAAGCCCCUGUUCCUAGAGCUGUGUCGCCACAUGGUGUUUAUCGAGCUGCAGGAGGGAGAAGGUCUGUUCAGGCCAGGAGACGAUGACGACAGCAUCUACGUGGUCCAGGACGGACGACUCGAGCUCUGCAUCCACGAGAACGAUGGAACAGAACCAGUAGUGAAGGACGUGCUCCCAGGAGACAGCGUCCACAGCCUGCUCAGUAUUCUGGACAUCAUCACUGGUUAUCCAGCUCCUUAUAAGACUGUAGUGGCACGGGCAGCAACUCGCUCCACCAUCUUACGUUUACCUGCAUCAGCCUUUGAGUCUGUGUUUAAGAAAUACCCGGAGACGCUUGUGCGCGUCAUUCAGAUAAUCAUGGUUCGCCUCCAAAGAGUCACUUUCUUGGCGUUACAUAACUACCUGGGCCUAACAACGGAGCUCUUCAAUCCGGAGAGUCAGGCGAUGCCCUUGUCCAAUGUGAACAGUGUUAUGUCAGAGGUGAACUCUGGGAAGAUGACUCGCCGUUUGCACUUCCAGGACGAGUUGCCUGCUGGGUCCACCGAGAGCCCCAUAGAGACAGAUGGUGUAAAGGACAGCCCUUCAAACAGCUACAGGAAGCAGCGAUCCAUCUCGAUGCCCACCGACUGCGCAGACCUGAACAUGGUUUGUGAACGCGCCAGAGUCACCAUGGAUGAGACUCCAUCCAGUCCUGUCACUCACAAAUCCAGUCUGAAGAAGAGUGUGAUGAUGCAGCACACACCCUCAGAAGUGUUUCACUACACAGACAGCGGGGGGCAGUCUGAUGCCAUCUACCUCAGCAAGAGCAGCACAAUCCUCCAGGCUGCUAAGAAGGACCUGCUGGGAAUCAUCCAGCUGCAGGAUCCUGGUCUACUUGAGGGCAGAGUGACCCUCCAUCAUGUCAAAGCUGGUUCUGUGGUGGCUCGUCAGGGCGACCAGGAGGUGAGCAUUCAGUUUGUCAUUUCUGGCCUCCUCCACGUUUACCAGCGGAUGAUUGACCGCGAAGAAGACACACGUCUGUUUGUGACGCACCCUGGAGAGCUUGUCGGUCAACUCGCCGUCCUGACCGGAGAGCCCCUCAUAUUCACUGUCCGAGCCCAGCGAGACUGCAGCUUCCUCUCAAUCUCCAAAACCCAUUUCUACGAGAUCAUGCGCGAGGAGCCAAAGGUAGUGCUGAAUGUUGCUCACACGGUGGUGAGGAGGAUGUCAUCUUUUGUCAGACAGAUUGACUUUGCUCUCGACUGGAUGGCUGUGGAAGCUGGCAGGGCUGUUUACAGGCAGGGUGAAAAGUCAGACAGUACUUUCAUAGUGCUGAGUGGUCGACUGCGUUCUGUAAUCAUGAAGGAGGACGGCAAGAAGGAGCUGAUAGGAGAGUACGGACGUGGUGACCUGAUUGGAGUGGUGGAGGCCCUGACCCAUCAGAACAGAGCCACCACGGUGCACGCUGUACGAGACUCUGAGCUGGCCAAGCUACCAGAAGGAGCUCUCACCUCCAUCAAGAGGAAAUUCCCCCAGGUUGUCACCAGGUUGAUCCACUUACUAGGACAGAAGAUCCUCCAGCAGGUCAACGGUCCUCUGACAGCUCGCAGUUUGGCCCUUCACACCCCUGGCAGUAAGUGGGAUGCAGGGAAUCAAGCCUCCAACCUCUCCACAGUGACAGUCCUGCCUGUAUCAGAGGAAGUACCUCUCACCGCCUUCACCCUGGAGCUGCAGCAUGCGCUCAUAGCAAUAGGUCCCACUCUUCUGCUGACCAGUGAUAUCAUCAAACAGCGCCUUGGAGCUGCAGCACUAGACAGUGUCCAUGAGUACCGUCUGUCCAGCUGGCUGGGACAACAGGAAGACCUCCAUCGCAUUGUUCUUUACCAGACAGACUACACGCUGACCCCAUGGACUCAGAGGUGCAUUCGUCAGGCCGACUGCAUCAUUAUCGUGGGACUUGGAGAGCAGGACCCCGCCGUUGGGGAGCUUGAGCGUAUGUUAGAAGGAAGCGCAGUGCGUGCCCAGAAGCAGCUGGUGCUGUUGCACAGAGAAGACGGCCCCCCGCCCAAAGGCACCGUGGACUGGCUCAACAUGCGAAGCUGGAUCUCCAGACACCUCCAUCUCUCCUGUCCUCGAAGGGUCUUCUCUAAGAGGAGCCUGCCCAAACUGUUGGAGCUGUAUCAACGUGUGUUCGAGAAGCCAGCAGACCGCCACUCAGACUUCUCCCGUCUGGCUCGAGUCCUCACUGGCAAUGCUAUUGCUCUUAUCCUAGGAGGAGGAGGGGCCAGGGGCUGCUCCCAGGUGGGGAUAAUGCGAGCUCUCUGUGAGGCCGGCAUCCCGGUGGACCUCAUUGGCGGCACGUCAAUCGGUUCCCUGAUGGGGGCGCUAUAUGCUGAAGACCGUAGCCACAGCCGCAUGAGGAUGAGGGCUAAAGAAUGGGCAAUGGAAAUGACCUCAGUGUUCAAGAAGGUUCUGGAUUUGACAUACCCUGUCACCUCCAUGUUCUCCGGUGCUGCCUUCAACUCCAGCAUCAGCAAUGUCUUCAAGGGCAAACAGAUAGAGGACCUUCGGAUCCCAUAUUUCAACAUUACAACUGACAUCACCGCCUCUGCCAUGAGAGUACACACUGAUGGUUCGCUGUGGCGGUAUGUUCGUGCCAGCAUGUCUCUGUCUGGGUAUCUGCCUCCUCUCUGUGACCCCAAAGAUGGACACUUACUGAUGGAUGGAGGUUACAUCAACAACCUGCCAGCUGACGUGGCGCGCUCCAUGGGGGCCAAAGUGGUGAUAGCUAUUGACGUGGGCAGCCGGGAUGAAACCAACCUCACUAAUUACGGCGACUCGCUCUCCGGCUGGUGGCUGCUAUGGAAACGCCUCAACCCCCUAGCUGAGAAAGUUAAGGUGUUGAACAUGGCGGAGAUCCAGACUCGGCUGGCCUACGUCUGCUGCGUGAGACAGCUGGAGUCUGUGAAGAACAGUGACUACUGCGAGUACAUCAGACCCCCAAUUGACAGAUACCGUACACUGGAGUUUGGCAAGUUUGAUGAGAUUGCUGAGGUGGGAUACCAGCACGGCAAGACUGUGUUUGAUGUGUGGACUCGCAGUGGAGUGGUGGAGAAAAUGAUGAAAGACAGACACCAGGAGGAGUUCCACAACACCCAAAGCAAGAACAAUGUGGUGGCAUGUCCCAAUGCUUCCUUCACUGACCUGGCAGAAAUCGUAUCCCGCAUCGAGCCUGUCAAACCUGCUCUGGUGGACGACGAGUCAGAAUACCACACUGACUAUGAGGAGGAGGCAGUGGAGAGCGCUCUGUCUGACAUGGAGCUGUACGGUCGCUAUGGAGAGCACACUGAAGGGGAGGAGACUGCUGACACGGAUGAAGAGCUGGAAGGGAGACGUGCGCACUGCAUUACCGCACUCACCAGCAGCAGCCACCCUCAGUCCCCCGCCGUCCUUGAGCGUCCACAGGACGACCCGUCAAACCAUGAAGUCCUUUCCAAACAUUCCAUUAAGUGAAGACCAGUUUCAUGAACUCUACCCGAACAGGUCAUCACAGUUUAACCUGCCUGUCUUUGCCUCAUUUCACCUUCCGGUCUGUCCCACACGACUCUACCUGCUCUCUCAUUCUGCCCAUGAGACUGUCAGUGACAGUGAUUACCAUUUUGCCCUCUGUAACCUGGCCUUGUUAGCUGUGUGGCUGACAUAACAAAUGGAUGGUCCCUUUAGAAAAAAAAAAAAAACCCAAAAAAUGAA